AUUUAGCACUUCAGUCAAACUCUCAUCCAGCAGCACAUCUCUUUAUACCAUUAAUCUUCUGUCGUCAGCUCGGAGUUCUUGAGACCUACCAGAGCUCAGAGCUCCCCUCUUGCCUUGCAAACAGGAGGGAGCCCAGGGCUCAAGGACAGCAUGCCAAACUCUUGCAAAAGUCUUUAAAUGCUGUCUUCUUGUUUUUAUUUCAGGCCUAAUGGAGGAGACACGCCAACCUGUGAAAAAGAGAGGAAAAACUCGCUCCAAAGGGAAAGGAAAAUCACUGAAGAAAAAAGAGAAACGCUCAGAUUUUACCUGCGCUCAGUGUGGAAAGAGUCUGUCAUGCAAAAAAACUCUGAAUUAUCACAUGAGGAUUCAUACAGGAGAGAAACCAUACACAUGUUCUCAGUGUGGGGAGAGUUUCAGAUACUUAACAUCUCUUAAUAAACACAAGAGGACCCACACCGGAGAGACACCAUUCACCUGCACUCAGUGUGGCUUGAGUCUGAAUUGCAAACAGAGUCUGGAGAUGCACAUGAGGAUCCACACUGGAGAGAAACCGUUCACAUGUUCUCAGUGUGGGAAGAGUUUCAGUCAAGCCUCAACCCGUAAUAGACACAUGAUCAUCCACAAUGGAGAGAAAACACACGAAUGUGACCAAUGUGGGAAAGCCUUUUUGAGGGCUUCAGAACUGAAGAUUCACCUUAGAGUUCAUACAAAGGAGAAAUCCUAUUCAUGCUCUGUGUGUGGAAAGACUUUUAAGCACCUCCACACUUUAAGAGUUCAUGAGAAGACCCACACUGGAGUGAGAGAGUUCAUGUGCUUUGAGUGUGAGAAGACCUUUAUUACAGCUAUAGCCUUAAAACUGCACAAGAGGACUCACACUGAAGAGAAACCUUACCAGUGUGAACACUGUGACAAGAGAUUUAGACUGCCAAACACCUUGAAAGCGCAUGAGAGAAUUCACACUGGAGAGAAACCUUACAUGUGUUCACACUGUGACAAGAGAUUCAGUCGGUUAGAUUCACUGAAGUCACAUGAGAAGGUUCACACUGGAGAGAAACCUUACAAGUGUUUGCUAUGUGGGAAGAGCUUCAGUUGGUUACUGAGCCUGAAAAUGCAUGAGAGGAUUCACACUGGAGAGAAACCUUACAAGUGUUCACACUGUGACAAGAGAUUCAGUCAGCCAGAAGGCCUGAAAUCACAUAAGAAGAUUCACUCUGAAGAGAAACCUCACAAGUGUGCACACUGUGGAAAGAGAUUCAGACAACUACGAAGCCUGAAAAUUCAUGAAAGGAUUCACACUGGAGAGAAACCCUACAAGUGUUCACACUGCGACAAGACAUUCAGUUACUUAGAAAGCUUGAAAUUACAUGAGAGGAUUCACACUGGAGAGAAAUCUUACAUGUGUUUCCAGUGCAAGAAGACAUUCGGUAGGUUAGGACAACUGAAAAGACAUGAGAGGAUUCACACUGGAGAGAAACCGUACAAGUGUUCACACUGCGACAAGAGAUUCAGUCGAUCAGAAAACCUGAAAAAACAUGCGGCGAUUCACACUGGAGAGAAAACUAACUAGUGUUCACAUUGCAACAUGAUUCAGUCAGCUACGAACCCUGCACAAACACAAGUGCAAGUAUUUGCAGCUUAAGACUACUCAAACUACCCAAAUGGCAAACAUUUACCUAGACCAGGGGUCACCAAACUUGUUCCUGGAGGGCCGGUGUCCUGCAGAUUUUAGCUCCAACCCUAAUCAAACAGACCUGAACAGCUAAUCAAGGUCUCAUAUGCAUACUUGAAACACUCAGGCAGGUGUGUUGAAGAAAGUUGGAGCUAAACCCUGCAAAGACACCGGCCUUCCAGGACUGAGAUUGGUGACCCCUGACUUAGACAGUCAAGCUGGGCGAAUAAUCGAAAAGUAAUUGAAAUCGACAAUCAGAACCUGUAAUCAAUUUUUUUUCCAGGUCAAUUUUUCAGUAAUUUUCUCUACUGCGUAUGGAGUCAUGUGACACUGCUCUGUUAAGGCUGGUUUAUACUUCUGCAUCGAACCCUCAGGUAUGAGUGGAAGCUGCGCCAUAUAUGCCUCGAGACGGCGUAUUUAUUAUUAAAAUAAAAUGAUUAUUGAAAAUUAUAUUUUCUACUUUCGAAAACGUUGAUAAUUUAUUUUGUUUCCAAAAGUGACUCGGUUUUAAGCAAUGUGUGUUUCAAUUCCAGUUGUUCAACAUUGAUGUUCAAUAUGUAAUCAUAAAUAGAAGAUAGUGUGUCCUCCUUCAAUUAUUUUAGGCCAUCUCCACACUAGUGCGUUUUCAUUUGAAAACGCAUGUCUUUGUCUCCGUUUUGCCCUUCCGUCCACACUGAGACGUGUUUUUAGGAAACAAAAACGUAUCUUUUUGAAAACGCUCUCCAAAGUGGAUAAAUUUGAAAACGCUGUUUUCGUGUCGUAGUGUAGACCGUGAAAACGGAGUCUUUCGAAAACGAUGAUGCGUUUUUUUGUCAUGUGACAGUCAUGUUACUAAUUCGUUUACUUUAAUUUCAUUGUGGUUAUGAGUUUAGUGAUGUCGUCCUUACUGUGAGGGUAAGCAGCGUCAUCAGCAGGAUACUGUUCUUUAAAGUGGUCCAGUAUAUCGGCGUAUUUGUUUUGGCAUGUCUCCCAGUCUACAUUUUCACUCUCUUUUGCAAUUUUGUAUUCAUGUGUUACUCGACGCAGCAACUCCACUUCAUUGUCAGUCCAUUUAAAAAAACUCUGUGCUUUUCCUCGACAUUUUGCCGAAAGUUUCAAAGAGCCGGAAAGAAAAUAAACGUCGGGCGGAAAUGACGCGUGCCGAAUCGUCUUACGUUUCACGCAUGCGCAUUACAGGGUGAAAGCAUUUGUAGUCGUUCCAGUGUGGAUGACAAAGUUUUGGAAAACGAAUAGAAACGACAGUGUGGACGUAAAGCGUUUUUAGAGGAAAACUCCGUUUUCAAAUUUAUCCGGAUUAGUGUAGACAUGGCCUUAGAAUCAAGUGAUACACCCUUCAUUUAAAAAUCUCUCACUUGUAAUAUGUUUACUGUACAAAACAUGUCAGUGAACUAUGAGGGCAAAAAAAAAAUCGUUCUUUAAUCAUUACUGCGUUAAAACAUUCAUUAAUCAUUAUCGAGUUUAAUCGAGAUUUUGAUUUCAGGCCAAAACGCCCAGCCCUACUAGACCGCCCGUCAAAUACAGAUUUUUUUGGGACCACACUCCGAAUGAAGAGCUAUGAGACAUUUUCCAGCAAGGAGAUUUUUUUUCCAUUGAUGAAGAUUGUAAACCAGCAUCUGUUUUAUCACAUUCUCAACAGCGUUUCACAUUUAUGGUCAUGCUCUUCAAAGUAAUGUUUCUAAAAAGAUUGUUAAAUUUCGCUAACUAUAAUCCUUUAAGGCUCCUACACACCAAGACGUUUUUAGUUUGCGUUUAUCGGCAGCGUUUUACAAACCGUUUUUCAGUGUUCAAACCCAAUCGCUUUUCACUGGCGUCGAGCAGAAGAGUAUGCUAAAUCACUCUUUUGACGUUAGAUGGCUCUGCACAACUAUAAGCUUCUGACACCUGCUUAUAACACAGAAGAAGUGGAGGAGCGGAAGUUCACACGCUUAUUGCUAAAUUUACUGGUGACUCAAACAAGCGUAAAUGGUUCAAGCAGCAGCUCCUGCUCUAGUGAUGAAGAAAUGAAUAUUGUUCACAGAACAAUAAGCAGCUCCACGUUCAUAUCGCCUCUGGGCAUCUUUUUUUGAUAGUUUUGCGCUUGAGCGCCUCCAAGUGCUGUUUACGGUAACUUCAGCAGCUCCGUGCACGUGAACAAAAGUGCCGAUCUGAUUGGUGGAGAAGGUUUUGACGCCGUGCGUCAAAACAAAAAAACGAGCAUGAGGCGUUUUUUUUAAAUGACGCUUUUGCCCCUGGUGUUUUGCGCGAUGGUUUGCACAAUCACAUUGAUGCCCUUUAUUUAGUCACAAGGCGUUAAACGUUGACAGAAAACACGAGCAAAAAACGUAUCGGUGUGCACGGGCCUUUACUCCCACCUAGGGUUGUCACGAUACUGGAAUUUGGUACCAAUCAAUACUGAAGGUUUUAAAAUGUCCCUUUCCUGCUAACAUGCUCAACAGAAAUGACUGUGAUUGGCCGUGAAGGUCAUCAGUACAAAUUAUUAUUAUUAUACAUCCUUACUUCACAGUCUCUUCCAUACAUGCGCUUAUAACCUACCGGUUAGACUAUUGCAACUCUUUGGGCUUUCUAGGUCUCUGAUUGCUCUCCUACAGUUUUUUUUUUAACAACAGAUUUUAAACAAAGAGCCAGAGUUAUGGACAUGUCGCUCCAAUUUUGAGGUCUUUCAAUUGGCUAUCAACGAGACAAAGAAUCACAUUUGAAAUCCUUCUGUUUGUGUAUAAAGCCUUACAUGGACAAUACCAUUUCCAAUGAGUUCAUUUGUUUUAUACAGUAAUGCAGAAUGUAUAAGCGUUCAUUUUAUUAUUCAUUAUUUCCGUUGUUUUGUUGCAGACCACACACAAAAUAAUGUUUGCAUUUUGCUAUGUUUAUUGAUGAUGGUGGGAUGGAUAUAAAUUGUUGUCAGAAUAAAGCAUCAAAGACACAAAGCUGCCUCUCUC